ACAAUCACACAUUGGAACGGCGGUUAGUGCAAAGAUUAAGACCUCUCGAACCUCCAUUGUAACACCGAACCAAUCCUAGAACAAUGAAGCACCAUGGCAUUCAUCCUCAAAGGUUGAAGAUAUUUAAAUCGCACGCCAAGUUCGCCAGUUACCCAUGUGCAAGAUCCGCUAUAGUGUAAUUAAUACACGCGGAAAGCGCUAAAUAUCCGACGACAUACGUACAUCGCCAUAUAUUGGGCCCAUGGACUACCGAUCAACGAGCUACCGUGUGACACUCUCAUCUGGAGAUAACGACCCCGCGUAGUAUCUGGAGUAGGGGCAAAUAAGGCUUUAUUCAACAUGGCUGGGCACGGCACGGACCAAUACCGGAAGCUCUUGGAUCGGAGCGAUGACGAGUUGGAGCUGAACACCGCUGAUCGCACCAUGGACCUUCCAUACCCGUCACCAGCAGUGGAGAUGCACGACUUGAACAAGGGGCCUAACCGCAGACCUCGUUUCCAGACCAUCGAUCCACGGACGCGGUACGGGUCAAACCCAUGCUGCACCCCUGCCAUCUGUGGCCUGGUGGUGGCGUUCCUUCUCCUGGGGGUCGGGGGUGGGUACCUCGCCGGUAUCUUCACCCGGGUUUCUCUAAAGGCUGGGGUGAAACCACGAAUACAACCUUCAGGGACAUGGCGGACCAAGUUCACAGACUAUGGCACGGAGUCCUGCAUCCGUCUAGCAGACGCAGACGGCGACGGGUAUGAUGACGUCAUCAUUGGACUCGCAUUCGGAAAGGACGUAACCUUCAUGUUGACCGAAAACACUAUGGACCAGUUCUGCAAGGACCAAGGUAGGACCUGAUUGUCAUUUAUGCAG